AUGCAUUCUUUUUCGUAUGUGUGUUUGUAUUUGCUCAUGCGUUUUGGAACCAAAGAUGUUUCUAGAUGUUAUUUUCUAUUUUACACUCUUUAUCUUUUUAUAUAUAUUAUAAUUAGAAGGACGUGUAAUUUCAUUUCAUACUAUUACCUAAGCAUUAGCUUCUUUUUUCUUUUUCUUAGUUUCUCGUUUCAUUUGUUAACCUACCAAAUAAAAGUAUGGACGUCGAUACCUCCUUUCACACGUUCAAAAUGUCUCUUUUUUUUUAUUUUACAAUUAAUCAGUUCAUUAUUAACUAAUUAAAAAGAUGAAAGCAUACACUUUUGAUUGCGUCUAUGACUCUUGUAUAUA